AUGGAAGGAGAUCGUGUGUUCAAGUUUGAUGUUUGGCGUAAUUUUAUGGUGUAUUGGAAAGGAGAUUUACAGUAUAAGAAAACAAUCAAAAGUUUUUUGUCAAACAGGCAGUGGAAGAAGUUGAGGGAUAGUAUUUUUGGCAACUUCUUCCGAUUACAAAGUGUGAAGUUCUGUGGUAAACUUAUUCACUGUAUAUUGCUUUUAGAAAUUAUAAAUAAUGACCCUGAUUCGAUGACAUUCAAGGUUUUUGACCGUGAAAUUAAGUUUACACGUGACGCCUUCCAUAUAAUUACUGGUUUGAAGUGUUAUUCUUCAUCGGACAUCAAAGGUUUAUAUGAAAAAGAGAAUAGACUUUUGAAAGUCUAUUUCCCCGGAAAGGAUAGAGUUGAGUUGGGUGAUUUGUUUAAUUUUAUUACUAGUCACCCACAUGGUACAGCUGCAACAUUUGUAGGUAGCGAUGAUGAUGCUGUGAAGUUGGAAACAAUUUAUUUUGUUGAAUCUGUUUUGAUGGGCAAGCGGAAGAAUAGGAAUGUGUCCGAGCAGAUAAUGAAAAUUGUAGACGAUGAUGAACUCUGCUCUUCUUUCAACUGGGGCUCUCUUUCUUAUGAAACAUUAUUAAAAUCAUUGAAGAGUUGUUUGAAGCCGAAUGAGAAUGAGAUUGAGAAAUAG